AUGUUCAGUCCCAAGCAACACAAAGAUGCACGUCCCCAUCGUCCCAUUGAUCAGCACGGGCUGCCCCGUCAUCUGGUAGUCGCACGGUACGAGCGGUUGGUGCGGCGGAAAAGCCGCGUCGCCCCCUUACGACGCACCAGCAACCUCUUCACCUUCCUGUCUACAUUGUGCGAUUCCACUUUGGCAAUUGCCGUGAACUACGGCGUGAGCCAAAACAUUAAUAUUGUGGCUCCUGUGGGUCUAGGCGUGCCGCGAUUAGCACUAUAA